AUGGUUGCCGAUACUUCUUACUACGACGCCCUCGGGGUGUCGCCCACCGCGACGGAACUUGAGAUCAAGAAGGCCUACCGCAAACUGGCUAUUGUCACUCAUCCCGAUAAGAACCCUGGCGAUGAGACUGCGCAUGCGCGAUUCCAGCAGAUCGGAGAAGCCUACCAGGUCCUCAGUGAUGAAGAGCUGCGCAAACGUUAUGAUAAGUUUGGAAAGGAGGAUGCCGUCCCCGGCGGCGGUUUCGAGGACCCUUCGGAGUUUUUUGGCAUGAUUUUCGGUGGCAACGCCUUCGUUGACUUGAUCGGUGAAAUCUCGCUCAUGAAGGACCUGACUACUACGAUGGACAUUACCAUGCAGCAGAUGGAGGAGGACGAACUGGCCGCAUCCGCCGAGGAGAAGCUCAACAUUCACGACGAAGAAACCGAGGCACAUGUCGCCGAAGGUGCCGCCGAAGCGACCCCCGCCGAGUCUACGACUGCCACUCCCCAGAAGCCCGCUGCCGCCCCAUCCCCGAGCUCGGGCACGAGCACACCCCGCCGCUAUAUUGGCCAGCAGGCCAUCAUGGACAAGUCGGAGGAGGAGGCCCGCAUGGAGGCAGCUGGUCUGUCCCAGGAGGAGAAGGAACUGCGCAAGAAGGAGAAGAAGAAGGGCGGACUGUCCCGGGAGCAACAGGAGCGCCUGGCCGCCUACGAGAUGGAGCGCAAGAAGGCGCGCGAGGAGCGGGUCAACACGCUGGCAACCAAGUUGGUGGAUAAGAUCAGCGUGUGGACGGAAACCGACAAGAGCGCCGAUAUGACUCGGGCCUUUGAGGAGAAGAUCCGUUUGGAGGUGGAGAACCUGAAGAUGGAAUCGUUCGGAUUGGAGAUCCUCCACGCCAUCGGUGCCACCUACGUGCAAAAGGCCACCUCCUUCCUCAAGUCGCAGAAGUUCCUGGGCAUUUCCGGGUUCUUCUCGCGGCUCAAGGACAAGGGCACGCUGGCCAAGGAGACGUGGACCACCAUCUCGACCGCCAUCGACGCACAGAUGACCAUGGAGGAGAUGGCCAAGCUGGAGGAGCGCGGUGGCGAGGACUGGACGGACGAGAAGAAAGCCGAGUACGAGAAGAAGGUGACGGGCAAGAUUCUGGCGGCGGCAUGGCGUGGCAGCAAGUUUGAGAUCCAGAGCGUGCUCCGCGACGUCUGCGACCAGGUGCUUGGCGACAAGCGCAUCAAGCUGGAUAAGCGGGUGGAGCGGGCUCAUGCUUUGGUGAUUGCGGGCAAUAUCUACUCCAAGGCCGAACGUGACCCCGAGGAGGAGGGCGACUUUAUGGCGUUCGAGCAGCUGAUGGCGGAGUCGAUGACGAAGAAGGGCAAGGAGGACAAGAAGAAGAAGAAGAAGCACGAGCAUGAGGAGACCCCGGCUGCUGCUUAA